CCAUAAAAAUCACACAUAACAAACCACUAGGAAAAAAAAGGAGCCAAAAGAAAGGGGGAAACAUGGCAGCAACUUCAACAUACACGGCUUCAACCCAUUUCAGCAUGUUAAGUUGGAGCACAAAGGGAAAGAAUAAGCAACUCAAAAGGAGAAACUUUUUCUCAGUUUCAGCACAGCAAGCAGAAGUUGAAGAGCUAAAAGUAGAAAAAGAAGAAGAAAAGAAAGAAGAAGAAAAGCAAGAAGGAGAAGCAAUGAAGAAGCCAAGGCCAGUAGAACCACAAAUAAAUGUGCAGAGCAAGAACAUGACCAGAGAACAUGGAGGACAAUGGCUCAGUAGUGCUACUAGACAUGUUAGAAUAUAUGCAGCUUAUAUUGAUCCUGAAACCUUUGCUUUCGAUCAAACACAAAUGGAUAAACUCACACUUCUUCUUGACCCUACUGAUGAAUUUGUGUGGACUGAUGAUACUUGUACCAAAGUCUAUUCUUACUUCCAAGAACUUGUUGAUCAUUAUGAGGGAGCUCCAUUGACGGAGUACACACUUCGUCUGAUAGGUUCAGACAUAGAGCACUACAUAAGAAAACUUCUCUAUACUGGAGAAAUCCAAUACAACAUGAAUGCAAGAGUUCUUAACUUCAGUAUGGGGAAACCAAGAGUUGGGUUCAAUUACAAUGGACAAAUGGAAGAUGUAAACCAGUAAAUUCAGGUAACAAUGUUGACUAUAUUGAAAUAAUGAGUAGCAAAAAAUGCAGUUGUAACAAUGUAUAAGAAACUUUCACCUUCUCUGUCUGUCUUGAAAACUUUUCCCAAAUGGAUCAUACACAAUACAAAUGUUAUCUACCAGUAAUUGAAAUAUUAAUCUUUGGGUUUCUUCUA